UAUUACUAAAAAGUAGAUAACUUAAUUUUACAUAUAUAAAUGUAACUUUUAAGCAUUUUACGUUAACUUUAACUUUGAUGUACAAUAUUUAUCGUACACCCCAUGUAAAUAAAAAUUUGUUCUUUUUAAAAAGAAAUUGUACUCUUUUUAACAGCAUGAGACUUUUUUUUAACAUAGAUGGUACUUGUUUUUACAUGUAUGCACUACAAAAACGAAGAGCAAGGAGGGCGUUACUAUUUAAACAAAAAGGGCGUGUGAAUCAGCGCCUUUAAAUAAUAAACCAACUAGGGCGACAAUUUUUCGUUGUCGUACCCUUGAACAAUAAGGGCGAAUUUGGUGUGGUCGCCCUAUUUGAUCAAAUACCUUUAUUAAAAUAAUCAAACAGGGCAAUAAAAAUUCGUCCUUGUUGAUACAACCAAAGAGGGCGAAAUUCCCUUUGCCAUCUUUGAUAAUAACUUGAAGGGCGACUUCAAAUAUUUUGCCCUCUUUGAAAAUAAUAGAAGGGCGAUGUUUACAUUUCGCCCUCUUUGAUCAAGUAAUUUUUUUAAAAAAUAAACAAAAUAACACUCCUAGACUUCAUACAGCAGCUCUACCCCUUUCAGAGGACCUCUACCCAAACUUCGCCCAAUUUCUUUUCAUAAGAAUCCCAAUGAAGGCACUGAAAUUUGAUUUCCCGAUCGUCAUCUUUUUCUCUCUCCCUAAAUCUGCAAUUUAGAAGCUCUUCCUCUCCCCUAAAUCUCUAAUUUAGCUUUCUCAAUCCCUCUCCAUCUUCAAUUUCGCUGGUCAUAAACCCUAAUUUUAUGCGUAUUCGUUCGCCUGAAAUUUGGUAGAGUUUGCCUGAAAUUCGGUUGAGUUAGCCUGAAAUUCGGUUGAGUUCGCCUGAAAUUCGGUCCAAUAGCACCUAUCUGAAGUUUGUCUGAUAGCAUGGAUAAUGAUAGGAGUUGGAUGCAUAUACAAGGGUUGAGCAAUCGGCUACAACCAACUUAUCGAAAUGGUGUUAAAAAUUUUCUCGAUUUUGCUUUCAAAGACACAAUCCCUGAUACCGGGGCUAAGAAAAGGUGUCCUUGUAUGAAGUGUCGAAAUUACAUCGACCAUAAUCGAGAGACAAUGCGGGCUCAUAUUUUGCGAGUAGGAAUGGAGCCUGACUAUAAUCUGUGGAUAUUCCAUGGAGAAGAACAACUUGACAUGGGAAACAUGGAAAUGUCCGAGGAGGAAGGUGAUUUGUUUGAUGAUGAAGAUCCUCUCGUAUCCGAGGAGAUGGCUGCUUUGGUGCAUGAUGCCACAAAUGUAGUGCCCGAGAAUUUGAAUGAUAGAGAUGAAGAGGAUAAAGACCAUCCUGAAAUUCCUGAUAAGUUUUAUAGGUUAAUGAAAGAUGCAGAAGAAGAAUUAUUCUCGGGUUGUAAAACCUUUUCAAGGUUGGAGUUCAUCGUAACUCUCUUACAUCUCAAGGUUAGUGGACAUUGGCAUGAUAAGUCCUUUACUUUGCUGCUUAGUGCGUUACAUAAGGCCUUCAAUUAUGAUCCUAAAUUUCCAAAGAGCUCCCGUGAAGCCCAGAAGUACACAAAAGAUCUUGGGUUGAAUUAUGUGAAGAUCCAUGCUUGUGUAAAUCAUUGCAUUCUUUAUAGAAAGGAGUAUGAGAAUGCCGAUUCAUGCCCUACUUGUGAGGAGUCCAGAUGGAAAGAAGGUAGUGGUGAAUUUGAUGAUAGUGUCACAUUUUCGGAAUCUCAAGGGACCUCACAACGGAGUCCUAGAAUACCUCGUCUAGUUCUUCGUCAUUUUCCUUUAGUCCCUAGGCUUCAAAGGCUUUUUAUGUCUUCAAAAAUUGCUAAGCACAUGAGAUGGCAUAAGGAUAGGAAGCGAGUUGAUAAGGACGUAUUAAGGCAUCCAUCUGAUUCAAAGGCAUGGGAGAAGCUUGAUGAUUCAUUUCCUGAUUUUGCAGCAGAUCCACGUAAUGUGAGAUUAGGUCUUUCAACUGAUGGUUUCAAUCCUGGUGCACAUUUAGGCACUAAGUACAGUAUAUGGCCAGUCUUUUUAGUGCCAUAUAAUCUCCCACCAUGGAUGUGUAUGACAAGUCCUUACAUCAUGCUAUCACUCUUAAUUCCUGGUCCAAAGUGAAGGAAAUAAUGCCCUUGGUCCAAGUAUGCAUUCUAUGUUAAGUCUAAUAAAUGCGGUUCAGUAUUAAUUAACAAGUUAAUAAUUCAGUGAGAUCAAGUGAGCUGAAUGCCUAGCUAGAGGCCGCUUCAGUUCAAGUGGAAUUAAUGAUAUUAAUCCACAGCUUACUCUUGACUGAACCCGUAGGGUCACACAAAUAGUACGUAAACGGAUCAAGUAUUUAAUGGCAUUAAAUACUCCAUCUAUGAAUAUUCGGAACCGACGGAUCUUGGUUUCAGUGGGAGCUAAGAUCGUCACAGGCAAGAAAUGAAUACUCCGGA